ACAGGCCCUUCUGUAUCCAAAGGUCACACUCAGCGUCUCAAACGACGUCGUCGCUGAUGCUGCCAUCCCAAGGAAGUCGGAAAUCCCAACACCAACCACUGAAAUCCAAAAGGAGAUUGUGUGGCACAGUGAAGGCAUUACUGCAGAAUGAGGACAAAAACUAUACGAAGAACGUGGAAGUGUUGUCGCAUGAGCAUCUUCUUGACUCUUUGGCUAAUGAUAUCGUUGAACUCUCCAACAACUACAUCCGAGAGAAAGGAUCUUUCUCCGUUGCUCUUGCCGAUACCUCCUCUGUCAGAUUCCUCAGGCGGUUGUUGAAACCUGCAUACGUCAAUACCAUAGACUGGUCAAAGUGGCAGUUUUUUUGGGUGGAAGAGGAAGUGUUCGUGCCAGGGUAUCAGUUAAAAAGGCGAUUUCUGCCCAACGAGAUACUCCACAAGCUCGUUUACGACGAGUUUCUCACUAUGGUAGCACGAACGGCUGGGGCUUUAAACGUGGUUACCAUCGACUACGACCUAACAGCUACGCAAGAAGCAGCCGACCGUUAUGAGAAGAACCUCCAGUACUGGGUUGCCAGAAACGAGAUAGCAAAAUCCUCGAGAGGGCUUCCUAAGUUCGACCUGAUGUUGCUGGGCAUGGAGGAAGAUGGACGCGUGGGUUCUCUGAUCCCGGAUCAUCCGGUUCUUGGGGAGAAAGAGAGAUGGGUGACUCACGUCAAGGACGGGAACGAGACGCGAUUGACUUUGACUCUGCCGGUCAUCAAUUCUAGCUCCAACAUCGCCAUGGUGGUGGCUGGUUCUGCUAAUGCCAAUGCAGUUUAUCAUUCUCUAAUGGAUCGAUAUGAUCCACAAGCUCCUCAACGCGUGUUUCCUGCUAAACUCAUCGCACCUGAAGAAGGAGACAUCGUGUGGUACCUGGAUAAAGAUGCUGCUUCCAGGAUCUUCAAGGAAGAACUCCGUAUCGAAAAACGCCCUUAUUAGUCACCACUGCUUGAUUAAUAUAUCUUCUUGAUUUUCGUCGGAUUAUUGUCGACGUACGGCUUUUGAGAAAUAAACCGUCGCCGUCUGUCGUGGCAGAGCCAUGACAUGUUCUGCUUUUGUUUUCGUCAUGAAUUUGCUGUUUGGUUUGUGACUUGGCAGGCAUAUGCUGCCUUCUCAAUAAACACUAAGUGCAAAAAAGUUGU